AUGGCCAUUAUGGAGGAGGCAGAGGGAGUCGACAUCAUUGAUGAAAAAGGUUAGUAUGACAUUUAAAUGAUAACAAUAAUUUUAAUCGUAUAUGGUUAAUUUUUUUAAAAAAAUAGUUUAAAGGAAUUGAAUCUUUAUUAGAAGUGAAUACAGGCAUUUUUUUUCCUGCAACAAAAAUCCUCCUUUUAACCCACCACAGGUAAUAGAUAGUGACAGUCCCUUAGUUUUAUUACUUUCCUCUUGUUUAAAGGCUUUUUGUGUGGGUCACAUAAGACUUGACCAAACUGGAAAUCAUGCUUGAAAAUUCUUUGGCACUUAGGAUAGAAGUGCAGGUCACGUGAAUUUAAGUGUAUUCCGUCUUGAUGGUAAACAGUCCCAUUGCAUAAGAAGCGUACUAUUUUAAAAAAAAAUUCUUUUACUGACUGUUGUGUCUAUUUUUGUCCAUUCCAAUUUUUAGAAGUUGAAAACCGUUGCAUAAUGGCCUCACUGCCCUAUUUAUUGGCUGAUAAACGGAGAGGGGCACAGAUUUCUGCUGGCUCAUUUUGGAAGAGAGCAAAGGUAAGUUAACAACAAAGUCACACUGAGGAUCCUAAAAGUUAACAGAUGUAAAGAACGUAUAAAUCAUGACCUUACGUUCUACACAGUUACCCCUUUAAGACAUAAUUUAUGACUGACUCCUGAAAUGUUCCUGGUAUAAUUUGCUUGAUAAUAGUGCUUAUAAUUAAUCUCUUCUUGUAAUCUUACAUUUACAGGUUGAAGAUGAGGAUGAAAGGAUAGAGAAGCUGACUGAGGAGUCAACGUCCCCCAGGCUCAUUAGCACUGGGGAGUUGAACAACCUACAGGAACUGUACUUGGCCUCUGAAGCCAUGGUGGUGUGCCGUUUUAAUCCACCAAGCAUUCUAAAUGCAGUGGCUACCCUACUGGGUAGUUUUUACAUCUUUAAUAUGCAAUUUCCAAAGGGUUCUGGUGGGCUAGAAAAAAAUGUGUUUCUGUUUUUAGAGCACAUGCUCUUAGGUCAAACAAGUGCAACUCUGCCAUUGUCGGUAGAAAAUGUUUUGUCCGAUUUGCAGAAGGUGAAGAAUUAA